AUGACUACUGCGCCCAACAUCGAGAUGAUCGCCUCCUCGCUGCGCCACUGCUCCCUCAACGGCGGUGCCGGCGCCAGCGCUGGCGGAGGGAGCGGGUGGCGCCGGGGAGGCACCAGGCGCCGCGGCAGCGCCGAGGGCGGCGACGACAGCCAGGGCGUCACCGUCGAGCUCAACUCCGAAGUCGCGCUGCCGUACCACUGGGAGCAGUGCCUCGACAUCCGGACGGGGCAAGUGUACUACAUCAACUGGGAGGACGGCACCCGAACGACGGUGGACCCGCGCACGACGUCGGCCUUCUCCUCGCCGACGCCGCGCUCCACGUCGUCGGCGUCUCGGCGCACCCGCCGCGCGUCCACACCGUCGUCGGGGUACACCUCCGUGUCGUCGUCCGUGGGCGCGGACGUCACCGGCACGUGGCGGGGCGCCGCCGGCAACGACAGCGGCUACGACAACGACGAUGAGGAAGAGGACGGGGACGAGGAGGACGACGAUGAGGAGGACGAGGCCGAGAGCAGCAGCACCACCAGCAGCAGCUCCAGCAGCACGGGCAGCAGCCGGGGGUCGGCCGUCUCGUCCACGCUCUCGUCCUUCUCGCCCACCGACGAGUCCGGCUCCGGCGACAACGGCGGCCGAGGCCUUGGCGGCGCCGGGCACGUGCUCGUGGCGGCUGGGUGCCGCGCCUGCUUCAUGUACUUCAUGGUGCCGAAGCGCGCCGACGUGUGCCCCAAGUGCGGCAGCUCCGGCCUCCUGCACCUCAGCCGCAACGGCUACGCCUGA